CAGACAGGAGCGCGGUCUGAUCUAGCAGCAGCAGCAGCAGCAGCAGCCUUUUCCCCCUAACUCAGUUCUCCUCAUGUCUAAGUAGUUUUUGCAGAGGAGAAAUCACCCCUGAUCCAAACAGGACUGAUUCAACUUCCCACCAGCUGUCCUUUGCUGAAACUGGGAAAAGAAACGGACGACAGGAUGGAUUCUUUCCAGCUGCUUUUUCUGCUGCUGCUGUACGGAUGUCUUCCAAAAGUGCUAUCGGUGCAGAUGUGUGACGUGAUGAAUGAGAUCGAGCUGGAGAAAGAGAGCUGUGAAAAUCGCAACUCUGGGAAUGUCACUUCAGGUUGCCAGGGGAUGUGGGACAUCGUCGCCUGUUGGCCUUCAGCCAGAGUUGGAGAAGUGGUGACGAUAACCUGUCCGACAUAUUUCAGCUACUUCAGUGACAAACAAAGAGGCAACCUCUCCAAAACCUGCACAGCGGACGGCUGGACCGAGAUGCAUCCUAUUGACAUCGCCGUGAACUGCGGCUACAAUCUCAAUGGCACCAGCGACGAUGGAAAGUUUUUCUGGCAAGUCAAGGUUGGCUACACCAUUGGUCACAGUGUUUCGCUUAUCUCUCUGAUUACAGCUAUUGUGGUCCUCUGCAUCUUCAGAAAGCUCCACUGCACAAGGAACUACAUCCACAUGCAUUUAUUUGUCUCGUUUAUCCUGAAGGCCAUUGCCGUGUUCGUCAAAGAUGUGGUUCUCUACGAGUUUGGAGAGGUCGACAACUGCUCCUUAGGCUCCGUUGGCUGCAAAGCCGUCAUUGUAUUUUUUCAGUACUGUGUGAUGGCCAGUUUCUUCUGGCUGCUUGUGGAGGGCCUCUACCUUCACGCAUUGCUGGCUGUCUCGUUCUUCUCCGAGAGGAAAUACUUCUGGGCUUACAUUAUGAUCGGCUGGGGAGGUCCGGCGAUUAUCAUCACAGCCUGGAGCAUCGGUAAAGCGUACUUCAAUGAUGUAGGGUGCUGGGACAUUAUCGAGACCACUGAUGUGUUCUGGUGGAUUAUUAAAACACCCAUUUUAGCAUCAAUCCUGGUGAAUUUUGUUCUCUUCAUCUGCAUCAUUCGAAUACUUCGCCAGAAGAUAAACUGCCCAGAUAUUGGAAGAAAUGAGUCCAACCAGUACUUGCGACUUGCAAAAUCAACACUGCUUCUGAUUCCUCUGUUUGGAAUCAAUUUUAUAGUGUUUGCAUUCAUCCCAGAGCAAGUGAAGACUGAAUUACGUCUCAUCUUUGACCUGAUUUUGGGCUCGUUUCAGGGCUUUGUGGUCGCAGUCCUUUACUGCUUCCUCAAUGCUGAGGUCCAAGGGGAGAUUAAGAGGAAGUGGCGGAGGUGGCACCUGCAGAGAUACAUGGGCUCAGACACCAAAUACCAGCACCCGUCGAACAGCAGCAACAACUUCAGCACCCAGAUCACCAUGUUGACGCGUUGCAGUCCCAAAACGCGGCGCGGUUCGUCCUCCUGUCAUGACGACUUGUCCUCCAUAUGAGUCACAAAACCGGAGCUGCAGACAAGCCAGCCGUAUUCUUUCAUGACAAGAACCUGUCAUGGAAACUCGCGCACAAAAACUACACACUCACUCAUCGGCACUUGUAAUAAAUUGUGCAAAUCUAUUGCUGAUCAUGUUUCGUUAAAAAAAAAAAAAAAAAAAAAAAAAAAUUUUCUCAUUUUAGCAAUUUUGAAUGUGUUUUUACUUAUUAUUUAACUUUUAGGAAAACGCUGAUAGGUAAAUGUUUGAGUUGAACAUUUUUGAUCAUUUAUUUAACUCUUGUUGUUUUAUGUGCUGAGACACAAGACAUAGUUACAGAACAUAUAAUAAUGCGAUUAAAAGUAUCUCUAGAUGUGAACUGCACUGUAAGAUACAUUUUAGGUGUUAUUUUAAACUGAUUAAAAAAUACUUAUUGGAAUUUAGGAACUCUUCGGAACGUUGAUAAGCCAUCAGUGACGAUCUGAGGUUCCUGUAUUUUUGCUGGAAACAUUUUAAUGGGUGGAUUCUCGCAAAUGCCAAAAGUUUAAGCAGGAAGACCAGUGUGUGACUACAUGAGGGGUUUGGAUCGCAAAUGCUUUUUGUUUUUAUACACUAUCUCUCUUACACACUGACUGAUAGCCUUACUGAUAGCUUUCUUUUUUCCAUCUAUGUUGCGUUCUCUCUUUGUUUCCUGAUCCCUUGACUGAGAGAAUAUAUAUAUAUAUAUUUUUUAUCAUUUCAGACACUGACAAGCGCCUGGUUUCAGUGCUAUCAAGCAACACUUUUCACCCCAAUCUCUGUUUUCUGCAGGCUGCACAAUAACCUCGGAGAGAAAAUACCUUGACACGACUCAGUGAUUGAAUGUUUACAUUUACUCGGGAAGAUAAUUUAAUGCUGUACAGACAAGUGAAUAGUGUACAUAAAGCGUGUGGCUACACUCCUUGUGUAGUGUGGAUUAAUUUAUGGCUGCAAAUGCUUCAAUUAGCUACUAGUAUUGCAUUAUAGAUGAUCAAAAGCCUCCAGAUUUACACUGCUGUACAGGCUUGUUAAUGUAACAGUUUCCGGUUCAUUGUCUGGCAGAGUAAAUGCUCGGAUUUAUAACGCGGAAGAGUAACGCUUACACAAAGAUGCCUCCUUGAUCACACUCCAGUGGACUGACAAAAGCUUGAACUCCUAAACCUCCAUUUUGUAUAAUAUUUAUGGGAAGGUCCACUGACUUGUUAUAUUCGAAACUUACUGUCACCGGAGUCUGAAACUGACGAGGCAGCAGAGAACGCUGUAAAGCAAAGCAAAGUGACAGGGAUGACUAGUCCUGUCACAUUAAGGCUUUUGUCAUGCUUCUCGGCUCACGCCGGGUGGACUUCAAGUCGUUCCCACAUUCAUGAUGCAACAUGGAGCAUCCAGGAGAGUUUACCCAGAAAGAAGAAGAAAAAAAAUCUGUCCUAAAGGUUUAACUGUUUUUUUUUUAUCUUCCAUUGUAAACACUUUUUUCUGAAUAUCACAGUUUAGAUUCAAAGAUACACAGUUCAAUCUGAUACUAAACGUAAAACAGGAGAGUCUAAUCCACUUUAUAAUUCCAACUGUUCAAAGGUUUUUUUGUCCUGAGGGUUCUGAGGCGAGGCGGCGGAGCAGGUGCACCAUGUGCAGGAACUGGAGCUCCACAGCGCAGCUGUCCAAGGUUCAGUUCCCAACCUUGAGAUCUUUGUCACAUGCUUCCCCCUUUUAUCUGUCUCUGUCCGUUUCCUUUAGAGUUGUUCAUUUUUGCAGCAAUCCCUCCUACUGAACAAGCAGGCGGCAACAAUGGGCAGAUUAUCUCUGGGAGAUAAAGCAUAAAUACACCAGAGAGAAGCAAGGCAGUAUAAAAAUUAAUUUUAAAAAAAAGCUUCACUUAAAUUGGAUAAAGUCAUCUUGUGUUUUGCAAUGUUUUACUUCUGCAUCAGGCAAGUGGUUUGACAGCAAAUGUUUUAUGUCUUCCAUUCUCAGAACGUUUAGCACAAGAAGCUAAAUUUCAUCACUUGCAUCUAAAUCCUGCAAAACUUUUGUGGACAUACCAAUGCAAACUUAUCAUUGAUUUGAAGGUUCACAAAAAAAAAAAAAUAAAAAAAAAAUUGCCUAAACCACUGUGAUGUUUUUCAAACUGAAGUUAUUUUAUGACAUUUGAACUUGGACUCUUUCUACUGGAUGUGGCCUUCUACUUCCAAAAUCAAUCUGCAAAAUAUCUGGUAAGGUAAUAAUGGCUUACAACUUUUAGAAGAAUCUAACUUUAAAAAUCCUUAGUUUGUUAUCUUUUUUAACAAAGUAGAACCCAGAAAUAGAAACAGUUAUUAACGUGACACAACAGUGUAAUACUAACCUAGACUGUACUUUUCUGCCAAGCCGUGUUUAUACAACAGCAGCGACCAAAAGUCAUGAAUUGACAAAACUGAGUAAUCUGCACCAUUUGCAACCCAAUGCUGUUUUUAAAAACACCACCCUUCUCAGUUCCUACAGUGCACCUUUGAAGUCCAAAGAAAACAUCUGCAAGAUAUCGUGAAACAGAAAACUGGGAGGGCAAUGGAAAAACUGUGGUCAAAAAGUCACGGACCCGAACCCUUUAGCAUGGGAAUCUGUGGGAAACUCUAGUUUUGCUCUUGUAGUCACAUCUACAGUUUAGGGGUAUAUUUUUUUUUUAGCAUAUUUUUCUUUGGAUUUCUGAACACAGUCUGCUCUUCCUUGAUGUAAUCAAGGAUCAGCAUCACUUGAUGUAAGCAGUAAAGGACUGAAAGUGGCUCAGUUAGCAAGUUGCCCUUGUGUCACAUUUUACACACGGAUAUAAAAUCUGUCUCAUUAAAACCAGUAGAAGAAACAAAAAAAAAGAACAACAGCACUGAACUCUUCCCGUAAACACAUCGUGCGUCUCAAGAUGCCUUCAAUGUAAUUGUGUGAAUUUGCUUAUAUUUACCCUUUAUUAAUGAUAAUUACUAUAAAUAGAUUUGCACAUGCAGCUGUACAUGUUGAUCCGCUCUGUUUUUGCUACGGUGAAAAAUAAUGAGUAAACAUUAAAAGGUGUUAUUGAACCAACACAUAUUCUAAUGUGGGCUUAAUGUGAACAUUCUGUAUUGAAUUUGGUGUGUGUGAUUUUUUUGGGGGGCAAACUUGUAAAUACGAGAUAAGUGCAUAUCCAGUGCAUAUUGUUGUGAAACUUCAAAUGUACUGUGUGUGUGCGCGUGUGCAUGUGUGUGUGUGUGUGUGUGUAAGUGUUUAUAUGGCUGACAGUUCUGUAAAUACAAAACUGUACAUGUUUUGAAAUCUGCUUUUGUAUCAUCUUAAUCAGUCUGUUGUCAUUUUAUUAUGUCAUUUUCACUGCAAACAGAAAUAUAUUGACAGGGAUGAUUAUUGAUAAAAAUGUUGGCUUUGUUCCACUUGAAAUGAAGGAAAUAAAUUUAGAGCAAAAAGCA